GUUCUGCUUUGCCACUUCCCCAAGCUGUGCUCUGCAAAACCCAGACGCGCACAGGCAGAACCUGCGGGGCCCCGCGCCAGAUGCCCGAGCAUGCGAGUCACCCUUGCUCUGACAGCCUGGACGGUUUCUGUGGUCUCCAGUUACUCGUAUUCACCAAACAGUUUACCGGAUAUCGACAAUGAAGCGUUUAUCAAAGACUGUGUUCGCAUUCAUAACAAGUUCCGAUCAGAGGUGAAGCCGGCAGCCAGUGACAUGCUGUACAUGACCUGGGACCCAGUACUAGCCCAAACGGCGAAAGCGUGGGCAAAAACAUGUCAGUUUUCACAUAACGUACAGCUGAAGACACCCCACCUGCUGCACCCAAAUUUCACUUCACUGGGAGAAAACAUCUGGAGUGGGUCUCAGUCCAUCUUUUCUGUGUCUUCAGCCAUCACAAGCUGGUACAAUGAAAUUGAAUACUAUGACUUCAAGACUCGGAAGUGCAGCAAGGUCUGUGGCCAUUACACUCAGGUUGUGUGGGCAGAUAGUUACAAAGUUGGCUGUGCAGUACAUUUCUGUCCUAAAAUUUCCGGCUUACAGUUUCCUAAUGCUGCACAUUUUAUAUGCAACUACGGACCAGCAGGAAAUUACCCCACUUUGCCAUAUAAAAAAGGAUCCACUUGCAGUGCUUGCCCCCAAAAUGACAAUUGUUUGGACAAUCUGUGUGUUAGCACACAGCGAGACAAAGUCACACGUUACUACUCUAUUGUGUAUCCAGACUGGCCGAUAUAUUUACGUAAUAGAUCCCUAUCUCUCUUUCUCAUUGUUAGUCCACUAGUACUAAUCCUGGCUGCUAUUAUUACCAUCUUGGUCAAGUACAAACAUUUAGUUCUUUUGGACUAAUACAACCCAGAAAAAUACAGUUUACAGACUUGCCCGGCCAGUGUUGCUCGGUGGUUGAGCACUGACCUAUGAAGCAGGAGGUCACUGUUCUGAUUCCUGGUCAG